AUGGAGACUUGGCGAGAUAUGGAGGUCGCCGUCCCGCAGGGAGACUUUGGAAGCAGCAGCAGCAGCAGGGCCGCCGGCGGCACCGGCGGUAGCAGCGGCGGUGCGGCGUUGGCUCCACCCGGGGUGUUCGUUUUCGGAGGCGCGACACCUCCUCCGCUGCCGCCUUCGUCUACGGGGAUGCAACAGCGGCAGCAGCAGCAGCAGCAGCAGCAACCGCUGCAGCAGUGGCAGAUUCAGGCUCAGGCGGAGCAGAGGGCUGGGGGUCGUGCACGGGUGUCGUCGUCGUCAUCGUCGUCCUGUUCCGCAUCCUCCUCUUCCCUCCGACGCAAGCGAGGAUCGACGUCGUCGUCAAGGACCCGCUACGCCAUCCCCCACACUACCGGCGGCACCGCCGCGCCGCGAGCGGUAGCGGCGGGUCAGGGCGGGGCGGGUGGUCUCGUCGGUGUCGGUGUCGGGGGCGGCGGCGGUGGCGGCGGCAACGACUGCAACAGCGGGUACGUAGUCCGCACCCGCAACAGCUUCGCCUCGAGCGCGUCGACGACGACGGAGAACGCUGGCCGUGGCGGCGGCGGCGGUGGCGGUGGCGGCGGUGGUGGUGGCGGCAGGAGUGGCAGCAGCACGGACGCAGCGGCAGCGGUGGCUGGAGCGGGAGAAGGAGCGGGGGAGCAAGGACUACCUGUGCAGCAGCAGCAGCAGCAGCAGCAGGGUGGGGGUAGCGGGAUGACGGGCGGAGGCGGGAGAUCGUCAUGGUCUCGUUUGGACCGCGCCGCUGCCCUACGACAGCAGCAGGAGCGACUUCUCCUCCUCAGGCAUGCCAGCAGGUGUCCUUUUCGCGAGGAAGGCCAGUGUCCAACGUCGCCUCACUGCCUGGUCGUCAAGGUGCUGUGGAGGCACAUCGUCCAGUGCAUGGACGCGUCGUGCAUGGUCCCACACUGCGCCUCGUCGCGCUUCGUGAUGGGGCACUACCACAAGUGCAAGGAGCCCAAGUGCCAUCUGUGUGGCCCCGUGAGGGCGAUCAUCUCCAGGGAGAGAGACGAGCAGCGUCUCUUGGGAAGAACUGGGUCGUCGGACGAUGAGGACAGUAGCGACGAUAACGAUGACAGCGGCGGCGGGGGUGGUGACGAUGGACGUGGUGGCGGAAAAGACGAUGAAGAUGAUGACGAUUUAUAGGUUGGGGCGUUUUUCGCCCUCCUUGGGUUCACGAGGUGGCUGUUGCUGCUCUUUGUGUUGCCUGUUUCAAUGUUCAUGUGUGCUGUGCAUGUCGAGGGCGUGCCGACCCAGUUGUGUUCGUCGGCGACAAUUAGCGGUGGUGUUGAAGACGAAAUGCGUUCCGCGGUUGUGCAUGGUAGGUGUUGUCAAGUUACAGCUAACGGUUGCUUGGUUCGACCGGAUUAUUGCGGCUAAGGCGUGUGUGUAUGAUAACGGCUUAAACCUGUGUAGAAGUGUUUGAACGUUUGUUUGCCCGAUGAGGCUCACGAAUUGACUUAUUUGCGGAGCUCUCUCUGUGCUUGUCCAGACCUCGUUGACUACUUUCUUGGUCCGACCCCUCAGCUAUGUUGAAAGGCUAAAAAUAACACGGGGUUUAUUCUGCCGGGCACCUAUUUUCCAAACUCUAUUUUUUAUUUUUUGGGUACAACGAUCGUAAAAUCCGCGACGCCCUAGAAAAUGUUUUCUUGUGAUCGUUUCUUAUUGCGGUCGGGCUUUGUUAUUCUCUCUCUCUUUCGCUCUGCUUUUAUUUUCGGAACCAUCCGACUAUUCUGUUUUUCGGUCUUACGUUAACAAUUUACGACCCGUCUUCCCUCCUCCUUUUUGUUUUUGCCGAAUUCAACGUGGCCGGAAAAGCUUGUGUAGCCAGUCAGGCAUGUCCUGCUCUCCAGCAAAUCUGACGUUCUUUGUUUUGUUGUCGGGUGCUCCUGGUGGAGGGCAAACGAGACACUUGUUAUCUUCCUGCCUUCGGUCUGGUUGGUGUGUCCGCAAGUCCUGUGCUGAGAGAGGCCCAGUCGGGGUCUGGUGAUUAGUACAACGGUCGAUAUGAUUACGAGUCGUCGCGUGUUUGCAAGUUGUUUUUCAAGUGCACGGUGGUUUAACUGUGGAUGAACUACACCUACCGUACCAUGCGAGUCAUCGCACAGGCCAUGACGCCGGCCUGUGUGGUGCAUAUCAAGCCAGAAAAUGGUAGACAGGUGUGUUUCCGGUUUUUGUAUCGCGAUUUGUCGUCGGGACUCUCCACCGGUUUUGUUGCAGGUGCACACGUAUGAUAGUCAAAC